UUGAUUUUGAACCAAAUUCUCAUUGGUGUUUUUUGCUAGUCUUCUCUAAAAGAAGGGAAAGAAGAGAAGGAGAGCUGGUGAAUCUGUUCACUCUGUGCCAUUUUCCAGGCAAAAAGAAGAAUCAAGUUUGCAAAGAUAUGGUUUUUAGAAGAAUUUGGAAUGUGAAUUGGGGGGUAAACAUGAAGUUGAUGCGGAAGAUGAGACGAACAUUCUCAGUUUCAAGUCAAUCUGCAGUUGAUUUUGCUUCAAAAGAUGGCGAACUCAGGGUCUUCAUUGUUGCUGGGGAGGUUUCUGGCGAUACAAUUGGGUCCCGUGUAAUGGGUUCUCUAAUAAAGCUUUCUCCUUUGCCUGUUCGUUUUGCUGGUGUUGGAGGGAAGAUGAUGUCUAAGCAAGGGUUGAAUCCUUUGUUCCCGAUGGAGGAUAUUGCAGUAAUGGGCAUUUGGGAGCUGCUGCCGUAUCUUAAUCAAUUUAGAGUUAGGCUCAAGCAAACUAUAGAAGCUGCUCUUUCUUUUAAGCCUCAUGUCGUACUCACUGUAGACGCUAAAGGAUUUUCCUUCCGUUUCCUAAAGCAUUUGAGGGCUACUUGUGUUCAACAGGGGAUGGUUAGCCCGCUGCACUUCCAUUAUGUAUCACCAUCAUUUUGGGCCUGGAAAGGUGGUGAAGCAAGACUUAAAGGACUUCUUCAGUUUGUGGAUCAUGUAUUAUGCAUUCUUCCAUUUGAGGCAGAAGUCUGUAGAUCAAAUGGCCUAGCAGCAACCUUUGUUGGUCAUCCCACCCUUGAAGAUAUCCCGGAAUGCCAGGGGAAGGAUGUCACUGAAAGAAGACACAGAAUUGAAGGAAAUGCUGAAGCAUUUCUAACUGGUUUGGGAAUAUCAUCGGGAUCCCCAGUUAUUUCCUUGCUUCCUGGAAGUAGAUUACAGGAGGUUACUCCAAUGUUCCCCAUAUUCUCAAAAACUUUGGAGCAAUUAAAAGGUUCUUUUCCGAACUUGGUAGCAGCAGUUCAUGUGGCACCCAAUAAACAUGUGGAAGACUACAUCAGUAAAGCUGUUCGUAAGUGGCCAUCAUCUGUUGUAUUGGUUUCUGGAGGAUCACACCAGAUGAAAUACGAUUCAUUUAGUGCUAGCAGUGUAGCACUAUGUACUUCAGGUACAGUUGCAAUGGAGAUGCAGCUUGCACGACUGCCAUGUGUUGUUGCAUAUCGAGCCCAUCUCCUGACAGAAUGGUUCAUACGUUACAAAGCUAUUAUACCAUACAUCUCUCUUCCUAAUAUUCUAUUGGAUUCAGCCGUAAUUCCUGAAGCUCUUUUCCAGGAAUGCACACCUUCGAAAUUGGCAUCAUUUCUCAAGGAUUUAAUACUUGAUGACAACCUUCGAGAAAAACAAAUUAUUGCUGCUGAGAAGGUUAUUAAGCUGCUUAGGCCUCCAGAGAUUAGCUUGGGUUUCUCAACUCGGGUGGAGAUGAGUGUUCCGCUUUCUGAUUGUACACCAAGUAUGGUUGCAGCAUAUGCAGUACUGUAUUAUCAGAAGAAGCUGGAAUAAGAUCUUUGUUCUAAUUCAAGUGGUUGUCAUGAGCAAAAUGGAGAUAAGAUGCAGGUGGAAAGGUUUGAAGAUUAUAUGUUUGGAGGUUAGCAAUCGAAAGGCAGUUGAAUAAUUUCAUUGGUUGGUUCAUCGUCAACUACCUUUUGGUUUUUCUACGAAUUGAUUGUCCGUUUAGACAUUUUAGCUUAAAAAAGUGUCCCUUUUGCCUUCGGAUUCAACAAUAUGGUAUGAUGCUCCCUAGUGCCACUUUCUAUUAAUAAAAGUAACACUAUGGAAGAUUGUAUAUUAGAGAUAGGUUUGUAGAAAUCACAAAAAACACUGGAUUGUCCUUUAUGUUUUGAUGCUCCUGAAUCCAUAGGACACUUGUUCUUCGUCU